AUGCAGGCGUGCAGGGGCGGCGCGGCGGGACGCCGGGCCUUUGACAGCAUCUGUCCCAACAGGGUGCUGGAGCUGGCCGGCCGGCCUCUGGGCAAGCCGAGGAAGUUGGAAAGGAAGUUCGCCCCUCCGCAGAAGUUUUUUCCUGGCUGCAGCGGCGGCAGCCGGGUGUCAGCGUACGAAGAUCCCGGGGACGCGGGGCCUGCCGAGCUCCCAGCCCUCACCACCAUAGAUCUGCAGGACCUCGCUGACUGCUCCUCGCUACUCGGGUCCGACGCGCCGCCUAGUGGUAACCCCACAACCUCUCAGAGCCAUUCCCUGCAAGCGGAGCCGGACUUUGUCGAUCUGCAGGAUUUCAGAGACACGGUGGAUGAUCUUAUUGCAGACUCGUCCUCUUUGAUGUCACCCCCCUUGGUCGAUGGAGACUUCCCCUUCUCGCCCUGUGAUGUGUCGCCGUUCGGAGCCUGCCUGUCCCCGCCGCUAGACCCGCGGGCACUGCCAUCACCGCCGCUGUGCCCUCCAGACGUGCCCCCGCCGGAGCAGUACUGGAAGGAGGUGGCCGACCAGAACCAGAGGGCGUUGGGGGAUGCGCUCGUGGAGAAUAACCAACUGCACGUGACGCUGACCCAGAAGCAGGAGGAGAUUGCCUCACUCAAAGAGCGGAACGUGCAGUUGAAGGAACUAGCCAGCCGGACCCGGCACCUGGCCUCGGUACUGGAUAAGCUGAUGAUCACGCAGUCUCGGGACUGCUGGGCGGCGGCAGAGCCCUUCCAGCUCAAGGCGACGACCAAAAGGAGCCUGGAGGAGCUGUUCAGUGCUGCCGGCCAGGAUUGUGCCGAAGUGGACGCCAUCCUAAGGGAGAUUUCCGAGCGCUGUGAUGAAGCCCUGCAGAGCCACGACCCCAAGCGGCCGCGGCUGCAGGCGGAGCCCGCGAGCACCGACGGCAGGCCCGGGAACUUGCACGGCGCCUUCCGUGGGCUGCGGACUGACUGCAGCCGGAGCGCGCUGAACCUGAGCCACAGCGAACUGGAGGAGGGCGGCUCGUUCAGUACCCCCAUACGCAGCCACAGCACCAUCCGCACUCUCGCCUUCCCCCAGGGCAACGCCUUCACCAUUCGGACAGCCAGUGGGGGUUACAAAUUCCGCUGGGUCCCCAGUUGAACUGGGACACCGUCCCCUAAAACCUGCUCUUUAAUAU